AUGGCGACGCAAGCUAUCACCAGGAGAAAACUGAAUGAACACGAGCAGAAAAUAAGCAGGAACGGCUUAACCUUUCACGAAGACAUUCUUGCCAACGGCCAUGCUGGUUUACAAACCAAUGGACGUGUACAGUUGUGCGUGCAUUUAGUUUCCAGAAGAAAGAACGAGAGCGGAGCCGGUAAAGUCAAGGUCAAAGGAAUCGUUCGAAAGGAUACCGUUUAUCACUGCAGUGUUAACGCAUCUAGGAUUCUACAUCCUUAUGUUUUUGGAAGAGUAAGGGAUUGUUGGAAUAGGCCCAUAUGCUCUGUCCCAGGUGCCACAGUUACACUUAAGGAUAGAAUAACGAAAGAUUAUGGAUGGACGUUCCAAUUUACAGGAACGACAUCAGAGUGUAUAAACUUAGGAUCGUAUAAUUACUUGGGCUUCGCGGAGGCAAAUGGUAAAUGUGCCGAUCAAAGUAUCGAAACUUUGAAGAAAUUCGGCUGUGCUGGUUGCAGCAGUCGCCUCGAGCUCGGAAAUAUGCCGAUUCACGAAGAAUUGGAGCAACUGACGGCUAAAUUUUUGGGCGUAGAAGACGCCAUCGUUUUUGGGAUGGGUUUCGCAACAAACGCUCUUAAUUUGCCUUCGUUAGUAAGCAAAGGUUGUUUAGUAUUGAGCGAUGAGAAAAAUCAUGCUUCAUUGAUACUCGGAUUGAGGCUAUCUGGUGCUAUUGUCAGAGUGUUUAAGCACAAUAAUAUGAAGCAUUUAGAGAAAUGCUUGAAAACUGCAGUAGUUUUUGGCCAACCAGGAUCUGGGGAACCUUGGAAAAAAAUACUAAUUAUAGUGGAAGGCGUUUACUCUAUGGAAGGUUCUAUUGUACAUUUACCUGAGAUUUUGCAGCUCAAGAAGAAGUACAAAGCAUAUCUUUAUUUGGAUGAGGCUCAUAGCACUGGUGCGUUAGGUGAGCAUGGAAGGGGGGUUUGUGAUUAUUAUAAAAUUGAUCCACGAGAGGUGGACAUACUUAUGGGAACUUUCACAAAGAGUUUUGGAUCCGCUGGCGGUUAUAUUGCUGGAACAAAGACAUUGAUAAACUAUUUAAGGAUAUACAGUCACGCGCAUACGUACUCAACAGCUAUGUCUCCACCGGUAGCACAACAAAUCAUAACUUCGAUGAAAAUAAUUGCCGGUGAGGAUGGUACAGAUGAUGGAAAGAGAAGAACGAAACAAUUAGCAAGAAAUACUAGGUACUUUAGGCGCAGACUCAAUCAAAUUGGAGUUAUUAUUUAUGGAAACGAAGAUUCGCCUGUUGUACCUAUGCUAGUUUACCUCUUUUCUAAAAUAGGAGCAGUCGUGCGUACCUUAACGACGCAUAACAUAGCUGCAGUUGGCGUUGGAUUUCCAGCAACUCCAUUAAUGGAAGGCAGAAUACGGUUUUGUCUUUCUGCUGCACACACUAAACAGCAACUAGAUUAUGUAUUAUUAUAUAUUGAGCGUCUUGCAGAUUCUUUGGGUUUAAGAUACUCUCGCAAAAUUCGCGAUCCAAUGCCCAUAGAAUAUUAUUCCGACGGAGAGGCCGAAUGA